AUGAAAAGCCUACUUGUCGAAAAGCAACUGUGUUUUGCACAGAUUAGGAGUAUGUCAUCCACCGAUUCCAAUCCACCAAAACUUGAUAUCAAAUAUACACAGAUCUUUAUCAACAAUGACUGGCACAAAGCAGUCAAAGGAAAAACAUUUCCCGUCAUCAAUCCAAGCACAGGCGAAGAAAUCUGUCAAGUAGAAGAAGCUACCAGAGCUGAUGUUGACAAAGCUGUAGAAGCUGCUCGCAAGGCUUUCGAUGUAGAAUCGCCAUGGCGUAAACUAGAGCCAGCUGCACGUGGUAAUCUGAUGCGCAAGUUUGCACAACUACUUCGCCGUGAUAUCGAUUAUUUAUCGAAAUUGGAAACACUCAACAAUGGCAAGGCAGUCGAAGAUAGUAUAGGCGACAUCUAUGCAUCAGCUGAUUGUAUCGAAUAUUAUGCUGGAUGGACCGAUAAAAUUGUUGGUGAAACGAUUCCAGGUGCACAUGAUCAAGUGAUCUUCACUCGUCAUGAACCAAUCGGUGUAUGUGGUCAAAUCAUUCCAUGGAACUAUCCGAUUAUGAUGAUGGCUUGGAAAUUAGGCCCAGCUUUGGCAUGCGGCAACGUUAUCAUUCUUAAACCUGCUGAACAAACUCCACUCAGUGCACUCUAUUGUGCUUCUCUCAUCAAAGAAGCUGGCUUUCCACCAGGUGUUGUGAACGUCAUUCCGGGUGAUGGACCUGAAUGUGGUAACGCAAUUGCUGCACAUGAACAUAUUGAUAAAGUAGCGUUCACUGGUUCAGUCGAAAUUGGAAAAAAAAUUCAAGAAGCUGCAGCGAAAUCAAACCUUAAACGGGUGUCGCUCGAACUUGGUGGAAAAUCGCCAUUGAUUAUCUGCGAAGACGCUGACAUCGACUAUGCUGUGAGCGUUGCUCAUCGAGCUAUCUUCACAAAUGCCGCCCAGAACUGUACCGCUGGUUCACGUACAUUUGUUCAUGCGAAGAUCUACGAUGAAUUUAUUGCUAAAAGUGUCGAAUUAGCUAAAAAUCGUGUUGUUGGCAAUCCAUUUGAUCCAAUGACUGAACAAGGACCGCAAAUUAACGAAAGUCAAUUCAAGAAAAUAUUGGGCUACGUCGAAUCCGGUAAGAAAGAAGGUGCCAAAUUGGAAUGCGGUGGUGAACGUGCUGGUAGCAAAGGUUACUUCAUCAAACCCACGAUCUUCAGUGGUGUCAAAGAUGACAUGCAAAUCGCUCGUGAAGAAAUCUUUGGGCCUGUAAUGUCAGUACUAAAAUUUGACUCGUACGAUGACGUUAUCAAACGAGCUAAUGGUACAAAUUUUGGACUUGGCGCUGGUGUCAUAACAAAAGACUUAACACGUGGUAUGACAUUUGCUCAACGAUUACAAGCUGGCUCCGUUUGGGUAAAUGAUUACGAUGCUGUUUGCAAUCAAGCUCCAUUCGGUGGCUUCAAACAAUCCGGACAUGGCCGCGAACUGGGCAAAUACGGUCUUGAAGCAUAUUAUGAAGUGAAAACAGUUGUUGUCAAACUUGUCUGA